GCAAGACUCCUGCGGACAUAGCGGCAAGUACAGACGUUCCAAACUGGUACCAGACUGAUAAAGAUUGCGUCCUGGAGGGAAGAAAGAAGAUCCUCGAACUUGUUGCAGCAGAAAAGGCCGGCUGCCCUUACAUGCACAAGCUCAACGUGGGUCCUGAAGGAGGCAAACUGCAAACUCCAUUUUGCACCGUCACUAUAUCACGUGGCGCCGUUACCAUGGAAACAGAAAUCACCUGUCAGGUCAUCGACCCCAAUGACGUCACCCUCCCCCUGAAGGACGGAGAGAUGUUAGUGAGUGACAUCAUAGAGCUGGGUCCGCACGGGACAACCUUCCACCAACCUGUCACUGUGCAGAGGCAGUACAACAACGCGUCGUUAGGUGACGCUAUGGAAGCUGCCGUGUGGGUUUCUGAGGACAGGUCCCAAUGGACCGAACUAAAAACCACUAAACUGAGCAAAGAUACGAUUGCCGUAUCAGUGGACCACUUCUCCAUGUUUGCCGUCAUCAGUCAACCUAAACAGGACCAAUUUCAUGUGCCAACAGAAGGGCUCACUAUGACGUCAUCAACGCAGCCUGCGGUACAAAUCAGCUUCCCGGAACAGGCUGUGAACACACCAACGCAAGUCACAGUACAGGUGCAGGAAGUUCCUAAACGAGCAGUUGAAGACAUGAACGCAAAAGACCAGUCUUCCCGUGGGCUUCUAGGCACCAGCCCGAUAGUCAAAGUGGAAACUGUGUCGGCCUCCGCAGUACAUGUCCAGUUCCACAAACCGGUCACAGUGCGAGUCCCACAUCCUCAACACUACAUGGGCGUCCAACAUGAGGGACCCACCAAACUGAGGGUGAUGUCAUGUGAGGAGGGGACAGAAGACUGGGUAGAUGAAACAGAUAACACUGAUAUACGGGCUACAGAGGAAUCUGUGGAGUUUGAAGUCAUCCACUUUACCAGAUGGAUUGUAAUCGUCGUCACAGACAUCUACGAUGACCCAGUGGAGUUAGGACCGAUCCCUCUAACCCUGUGCCGAUGGCUCCAACACCGUGCCGUACAGUUCAUACUGAUGCAGCGAGAGGACGACGCAAACCAGUUUGUGGUAGAAUGCGCUCAAAUCGAAGAUGCAGAAAAGAAACGCGCAGCACUACUUCAAGGGGGUUACAAGGGCCCGGUACCUACGGACACAGUAAACCUUUUCGAAGGACAAAUAGUUGAAGUAAGCUUGAUGGGAAACGUGUCGAUCCCAGCAUUUGGCGUAGGAAGCAGCACGAAACAGCAAAUCACCUUCCACAGUCAGAAAAGCAACCGACUCCACAUGCAGGUCAUGGCUUUGGAGGCGAAGGGCCAACACGGUCUAGAUGGUAAAGGAAGCGCUGCGUUCUUUGCACUACCACGCGUCGAAGUCGGAAAGCAAAAAAGAAGGGCAGCUUUCCUACGAAAGAGGCACGAAAAACUCGCGCAUUCACCCGGCAAAAAGCUUCAGGACCCAACAUUACUGUGUCAGCUCCCUAUCCAUGUGCCAUUUGAGACUCAGAGAGAGAGGCCAAGGGAAGCUGAAGGCGAUUUGGAAGGUAUUGAGAAGUACUUCCAUUUCACCAAGGAGGAAGUAAGCACAGACUGGGUGGAUGUGGCCUUCCACCUUCGGGCCAAAUGGUCUACCAUUGUAAACAUUGCUGGCAGAAACCGCGACGACAAGUCCCGCUGUAUGGACAUGCUGCAGGAAUGGAAGAAGAAGAGGGGAGACGCCGCUACCAUAGAGGUCCUGAUGGAGGCUCUGUCAGAGGCAGGGCUGCAGAGCGUCGUGGAUGGUUUGAAGAACAAAUUCCCCGAUAUCGUAACGAAGGAACCAUGAGUUGCGGUGACAUCCGAGGGUAACGUCAGUGAAACCUACAAGAUCUGACAACAGCCACGCUAUGAAGUUUUUUGAGGUUUAUUGAGGAAAAAACUUUUCUUUAGCUGCCCACCUAAGGGUGGCAGCUAUUCUUCCAGGGGAGGGUAUACGAAACAUAACACUACAUCAACAUACAAUUACAUAUACAUUUACAUU